CACCAUUGCGGAUUACAACAUGAAGAUAAUCUUCUCAGUUCUUUUAGUUGUUUUAGGGACGAGUUCUAUUGAAGCUGGGUGUGGAACUCGUCCAGGKGGAGCCCGCGUUAUCAAUGGYCAAAACGCUUCUCCCCAUGCUUGGCCCUGGCAGAUUUCACUUCGUAGAAAUGGAGGGCAUUCAUGCGGUGGUUCAUUGAUCAGUCCAAACUGGGUGGUGACCGCUGCACAUUGUAUUCAUAGGAAUCAAAACCCAAGGAUCUACAGUGUUGUGGCAGGCGCUCACAGGAAGUUCGGAGGUACCACAAGUGUACAACAAACACUUCGCGUGUCUCAGAUUAUCGAACAYCCAAACUAUGAUGACAGACGCAUCAAUAACGACAUCGCRUUGUUACGACUUGCUUCUCCUGUUAAAAUGAGCGACAAGGUUGGUGCUGUUUGUUUGACUGAAACACGACCUCAACCAGGCAAGAGAUGCUACAUCACAGGUUGGGGUGCAAUAGUAGGCUCCACAGGRCAAUCUCCCGACAUCCUUCAGCAGGCAAUGCUUCCUAUAGUAUCCCAGGAUGCUUGUAAAAAGAAGUACUAUGGAGUCAAUUCUGUUUCUCACAUCUGUGCUGGGGAGGGUCGAGCUGGUGCUUCUGGUGGGUGUAAYGGUGACAGYGGUGGACCGUUGGUGUGCGAGGAAGGAGGAAGAUGGUAUCUUCACGGUGCUGURAGCUUUGGAAAAUUAAACUGUCCAACAACCUACUACACUGUAUUUGCACGUGUUUCCAGUUUUGUGAAAUGGAUCAAGGAAAAUACUGGAGUUGGACCAGAUGAUGGAGGUGGACCACCACCACCACCACCCCCUCCCCCACCACCAUCACAAGGACCACCAUCUCCACCACCACCUCCUACAAACGAGCCUCCUCCACCUCCUCCUCCAACACAUGAGCCUCCUCCACCACCACCACCACCACCACCACCCCCUACGGAACGUCCACCAACAGGCUGUCGGGAUAUUUCAACAAAUUGUCGCUGGAAUAAACACAAAUGCAGCUCCAGCUCGUUUGUAAGGAAGCGMUGUCAAAAGACCUGCGGACUCUGUGGCGGCGGCGGAGGCGGAGGAGGAGGAGGAAGUUGUCGUGAUAUUUCCCAUCGUUGUCGGGAAUUUAAACGGCAAUGUAGAUCCAAUAGUUACGUUAAGCAACGAUGCAAGCGUACGUGCGGAUUAUGUUAAAAUGACUGAACAAGAAAAUACAACGUCUCUCCACGUGGUCACUGAGCUUGUCCUUCAAAAUCAAUAAAAAUACAAACUUAAAUCUGA